CUCUUUUUAUUAUUGGACUUACAGUCUGAAGAAAGUUAUCCAAAAUCAGGGAUGGCAAACAAUACUGAGAAUGUUCCACUAGAUCAAAUUGCACUGCCUGAUCAAAAUCCUUUAACAGAAGCUACAGAAGAUGAGAUACAGGAGGUGAGGAAACUGGACCAUUUAAUCAGGAUAAAGGAAACAAGUGGUCAAGAUCAAUUGGCGUUACAAACUAAGAAAUUUGCAAAUCAAAUCUUUCAAAGAUUUAAGGAUUUGAACAAUGCAUCUAUCAAAUCCAGUACCAUAUUCAAAGUAAAUAUGGGGCUAAGAAAAUCAAAUUCAGAUGCUUAUACACCAAUGUUGAUCUGCAUUGGUCCUUACCAUAAAAAGAAUCCUAAACUUGACUCCAUGGAAAAGUAUAAAUUGUUGUACCUACAACGGUUUCUCCAACGGAAAGACGGGAUUGAUGUGGAAAGUUGCAUUAGUGAAAUUGAGAAACUAAAAGAUGAAGCACUAAAGUGUUAUGAUGAUAACCUUUACAGUGAUAUUGUUGUCAAAUUUUCACAAAUGUUGUUGCUUGAUGGUUGUUUUGUGGUGGAGUUUAUUCGAGAGCGUUGUGAAGUCGAGCCACCAAGAAAAGAAUCCAACGAAAUUAUCAACUUGGAAUGGAUGAUAAUUCAAGUAUGUAGAGAUAUGGUGUUACUAGAAAACCAACUGCCUUUCUUUGUUCUCACCAUGCUACAUGACAUGACAAAGCAACAUACAGAAAAAAGCUUAUUGUAUAUGGUGAGAGAGACAUUACUUAAUAUUUUCCCAAUGGUGACAUUUAAAACCGCAUCAGAAAUUGACAAUUUUAAUGCAGAGGGAAUCGACCAUUUACUAGAUGCAGUACACAAGUUUUGUCGCCCAUCACAUGAUGAAAAAACUAGCGAAACCAAUAAUAGUGACAGCAGGGGAAACGAAUGUUGCAAGAUAAGUUUGUGCGGGAACGUUUUACAAUUAACCAGGUCAAAAGAAAUCCUUGGUUUCUGGGAUUGCUAUCAUAUUCCAAGUGCAACGGAGCUUUAUAAUGCUGGAGUUAGCUUCUCAAAAAUAGGAACAGUGGCGGAAGAUUCGAAGGAUAAAACAACUUUAUUCGAUAUCAACUUCGAAAAGGGUUUAAUGAAAAUCCCUUGUUUCACAAUCGAGGAUACUAUGGAGAGCUUCAUGAGAAAUUUAAUAGCUUAUGAGCAACACUCUUCUCAUGUAUAUCCUUAUUUUUCGAAUUAUGCUCAUAUAAUGACUCAACUUAUUGGCUCACAUAAAGAUGUGAAUCUCCUUCGCCAAAAUAAAAUCAUCCUUAAAGAUCUAGGAGAUGACAAAGAAGUGGCCACCAUCUUCAAGGAACUUUCAAGUGGAGUGAGAGUCACUGACUUCUAUUACAAAGAACAAUGCAGCAAAUUGGUCAACAUUGCGAGAAGCCAUGGAGUCAAAUGAUGGCAAGUUUGAGGCACAAUUAUUUUCAGAGUCCUUGGGCUGGAACUUCAACUAUGGCAGCCAUCACACUUCUCAUACUCACAGUUAUACAAACAGUUCUAGCUUUCAAAGGUGAGGUUAAGUAGUCAUUCUUGUUAUUAUAUACAAAUGUUGACUCAAUGUCUCUGUAUCCUAAUGUUUUCUGUUGCCGGAUCAAAUAAGAAGAAUCUUAUGUCAUUUUGACUUACGUUCCAAUGACGUAAUUUUUAUUUUCAAAAUAUAAAUUUAACCUUAAAUAUAGUGUUGUAUUUGUACUUU